AUGGCAACAAAUAUUGCUCCAACCGCAAUUGUUGUCGAAGUCCUAAGAGAUGAUAACUAUGAUGAUUGGAGUGCCUGCAUGAAAAGCUAUAUGUUAGCUCAAGACCUUUUGGAUUUUAUUGAACCUACUGAUCAUCAAGAAGGUGAUCAAGAAGUUGACUCCAGAGCGUUGAGGAAAAAGAAUGCUGCUGCUCUACAUGCAAUUCAGAUUUCUUGUGCACCACACAUACUUUCCGAGAUUAGGGACAUUACUUCAGCCAAAAGUGCCUGGGAUACUCUAGCCAAUUUGCCAAAAAAACAUUCACCAAGCCAAAAAGAGCAAUCUGUUGAAGAAGGGUCAGAUUCAUCAGGAGAUGGAUCUCAGUCGACAAGAGAACAAGGGUCAGAGUCAUUAGGAGAUGGAUCUCAGUCGAAAAGAGAUGAGUCAGAAGCUCCUGACCAGGAGAAUGGAGGUAUGCCAUGUCUCAUUCUCUUCAUUUCUUAG